AUGGCGCAAAGCGCCGUUGGCAGGCUCUUCCGCUGCCAGAACAGCAGCUACCUGCGUCAAUCCAUUGGAUCUAUUACACAAUAUCGUACAUAUUCGCAUAAUGCAAUUCCCACCUUCCCUCCGACAUCCUCCCCCGAACUAGACCAGGCCCUCAAACGUUUCCGAGAAGAGCUUUUCAUACCUUUUGGCUUGAAUACCGAGCAAAGGAGGUUAAUGUUUCGACGGAAAUAUGCGGAGAAACUUGAGCAGCAACCAGUGACGGUAAAUAUUGGCGACAACGAUGAGCCUUACCAACUCCGGCCCAUGGAUCCGCUGUCCAGACCACCAAAGAAAGAAUUCAAGGAUGUUGUCUUGCUCAUGAAGACCAGGAAAGACUGGCAGAACCUUGCACCUUUCCUUGGCGGGCUACAGACGUCGAAGAGACCAUUAAGCCUCGCGAACUGGGAGUGGACUGUGCGCAAAGCUGGUGAGGCCGACGCACUCGGUGCCAUCCUCGAAUGUGCGAAGCAAACGGAACGGACCGGUCUUCGAUUGGACAACAACGGGAUCGUCCAGCGUAUCUUCUUCGAGCUCCACAAGAAAGCUCAGAAGGAGCAGUUCAAGGAUCCCGCAGUCUCCAAGGCUCUUGGCAUGGCUAAGCAGUUUGCCGCGUUGAUGGAAGCUCCGGAGCAUUCCCGGAAUGUCCAGAACAUAAAAGAAGAUCCCAAACGACAACCCUUUGUCAUCGGUACUCUUCUUGAGCUUAGCGCUGCUCGUGCUGUGAACGAACUGGGAGGCAAGGAUGAGUCCGGCGAUGUGUAUGCCUAUGCUCAGCGCCUCAUGGCGAACUGGGAGGCAGGCAACUUUUUCCGCGAUGUCACGGAUUGGUUUACAGUCGAUCGCAUGCUCCAGGAGAACGUGCCUAUCUACAACGGAAUUACGCUCGCCCUUCAGGUUGAGGGCGUCGCAAAUGACAAAUCUGUGUCUGGUCCUCUGAAGAGACGCCUGAACCACUUGCGUCUAUUGAUUGCCAACCAUAAGGAAAUGGCCCCCGAGAAUGUCCAGCAAAAGCCGACACUGGGCUAUCAACAAAGCCAGCUCCUGCAUUAG